ACGGAUAUAACGCGCACUAUAUGGCAAUAUGGAGUUGAGUCUUCUAUUUAGCUCAGUGGAUAAAGAAGUUCUCAGAUUUGUGGGUCGGAGUGACCGCAUUACUGCGGAUACAGUGAUAAACACAGUGUAAUUUUGGAAGUAAAAAAGCAGGCACCAUGAUUUGGGGUUAGGGCCAGCUAAGUGUGGCUUUCAAUGGAUGCAUAAUAAAACCACGUUUCAACCUCUCCAAUCAUCGGAUCUCCCUUAAUGUAUUCAAAAUGGAAUUCAUUAUAAAUAGAAAUUUUAAUAAAGCAGGAAUUUUCCUGAGAUCUUUUCGCAAUUUGGGGGUAACUAGCUCUUUGCGAAAUAUACGAUGCGUCUGCCAGUUCAACGAUACGAGAUGGCUCAAUAGAGUGUGUGAUAACAAAUCAAGUAGUCCGCUCUCUCACCAUAGUUUCCUCAUCUCCAACACUCUUCAACCAUUCAGAAACCUCAGGAAUCAUGAAUCCAGUGGUCAAAAUAUUUAUUCAGUGUAUUAUAGCACUGUCCCGAAGGACCAGUGCAAUCCCGAACCAGAGGCACCGAAGAAAACGUCGAUUUUUCAAAAAAUGAAGCAGCUGACCAAGGACUACUGGUACAUACUUGUUCCAGUGCAUAUUGUCACUUCCAUUGGAUGGGUGUCAAUUUUCUAUGUUGCUGCCAAAAACGGCGUUGAUGUCAUACAGCUUAUGGAGUAUCUUAACUUGAGUGAGAAGUACAUAAAUAUUAUCAAGAACUCAAAUGCCGGACAUUGGGCUUUUGUUUACGCACUGUAUAAAAUAUUUACGCCAUUAAGAUAUACAGUUACAGUAGGUGGAACAACACUAAGCAUCAGAUACUUGGACAGAUUGGGUAUAAUGAAGUUCAGACGAUCAACUGAGAACAUCCGUAAGAAAUCAUCUAGGGAACGCAUACGAGCAGUAUCAGCGCAGCAAGCAAAAAAAGUGAAAACACGACGAGCCCAAAAAAUAUCAAGAGUAAUUAACAAGAUCUACAAGCGACCUAAAAAAUCAGAAGUUGACAGGAAACGACUUGCCACAGAAAAGAGAAUUUAAUUUAUAUUGUAUUCGUGUACAGAUAUAAAUGUUAUUGAAGCUUGUUCAAGUAAAUAAAGUGAUUACGAGAGAUGAAUUGUUCAAAACA